AAUGGAUCUCAGUAGCAUGCCUGACGAUGUGCUCAUCCGCCUUCUGAAUACCGCCUCCCCGAAUGAUGUGGCUCGUGCAAAACGGCUAAACAAACGAUUUCAUCAAAUUGUGGACACUUUUAAUCUAGGAAAACCUCGUGUCAAAGAGUUUUGCGUGGAAUCUCGUGUCUCACCAAUAUCACCUUCAAAAAUCGGUCGUCUUCGUCUAGGAUCCACGUCGAAUGCUCCAAAAAGACGUGUUGUAGUCACGAUGAGAAGGGAUCGUGGUGUGAAAAGAUCAGAGAGAAUCGAAGAUCCGUCACGCUCAACCUCAUCAGAAUCCGCGAAUUCGUUUGUGCAGGAGAAUUUGAGAAAAGUCGAGUUACAGGAGAAGCUUUCCUUUGAUGGAGUUACGUUGGACGAAGAGUUUUACAAAAUGCUCACAGCGAAGAAGGAGGCGUUGAGACAUGUCACCACGCUGGCGCUGUCACUGUGUCAUAUCCGACUCUCAUGGACACAAUUCAUGGACUUGCUGUCUCGAAUGACCAUCAAGCAUCUAUACAUUGAUUUCUGCACAUUUCAUCCGUCAUUGAUCUCUGACAAGGUGCUGAUGUCUCUAACUCACUUGGAAACAAUUCAAAUUCAACCAAGAUAUCCUUGUUUUCUCAACGAAGUUACUGAUCAAACACUAAUUCACUGGGCUACACGGACAACAGCGCCAAACACAAUCCAGUUCAGAAAUGGGUGUGCAAGUCGAAUAACAGUGGAUGGAAUUAGGCAUUUAAUGACUAGAGCACUCUCGACUGCUUCAACGCCUAACAAAAUGGACUUGGAUUUCGGACUUCUUCUAGAACCAUCACAGUCUGAAACUUCACUCCUCACUUUUAUCCUGUGCCCGGGACUUGAUUUCAAGGUGACCGACGACUUUCGUUCCCGAAAAAUCAGUCUAAGCCGUGGCAAGUUCUGCCUUCAAUUUUUCAUUCCAGCACCUUUUCCAAUUGGUCCACACUCUGUGGCGAUAUCACCCUAAUUUUUUUGUAAAAUUGUUUUAUGUUAACAAAUUUUCUUUUUAUUUUGAAAUUUCCAGACACUUUCCAUUUUGCUUUACGCGGGUUUUAUCCGUCACAUUUCCGUUAUUUCUUUUUUGAAUUUUUGAUAGUGAAUUUAUUUAUUGAACUCAAAACUAUGAAAUUUUUUCAAAUUGC